UUUGAUCCUGACUUCUCUGAUCCUCCCCUUCUUCCAGUGUCCCCCACUUAUCUCCUGAUAAGACAUAUUGUGUGGAGUCACUCUGCACAUGUUCAGCUUGGUAUUUUUUUUUUUGGGAGAGUGCAUGUGAUCAGCACAGAGCCAACCAGCACUGUCCAGACAAAGGUCAGAGGUUCUGCAUUUCCUAGAGCAAAAUGAAAACUCCUCCUACAAGCUUUAAGCAGUGCUCUGCUGGACACUGAUAGAAGCCACAAGACUGAUCUAACUGCUGAUGAGAAAAGGUUUUUAGCAGUUUCUGUUUACUAA